CAGGGUAGCUGUCAUGUGUCCCCUCCUCUUCCUUCUGAAACUCUCCAUAAAAGUACAAAAGGCCCCCACCUUCAUCUUCUACAUUGGCAUCGCCCUCUUCUAAUUAGUAAUUAUAACAAACGUAAAAAAGAAAGAGGAACACCCACUCUCUCCUCCGAUCGCCAAAAUAAUACAAAAUUAAGCAGCUGAGCUAUGGCUAAGAAGAGGAAGUCCGCAGCGACGAGCCUGGACGAGGUGGAUCGGACCAUGUACGCGUCGUUUUGCAGCGCAGCUAACUCUCUCUCCCAACUCUAUACCCAGGCCAUGAACCACCAGAAACUCUCCUUCCAAGCCGGUGAACGACAAGGCCUUGAAAAACUCUAUCAAUGGAUCCGGAGACAACAAGAAGAAGGAUCUAGAGUUACAACAGUUGAUAUUCUCAAUUACAUUCAGAAUGAGCUGGACUACUGUGGGGAGGAGCCAUCAAUGUCCCCUAGAGUUCCAGUGCAACAUCAGUACUCUCAAACAGUAACAAAUUUCAUGAACUCUGGUUUCCCAAUCUCGUCAGGCUCAUCUUGCCCAACAACUGCUGUGCAAGGAAUUCGUUCCGAGCACUGUGACCAGCAAUCCAAGAACUCAGUGUUCUCAAAUGCUUUAUCAAGCCCCGUUCGUCAGAGUCUUCAGCAUUAUCACAUUACUCGGGGAGGGUAUUGCCCAAAUGGUGGUCUUCCCUUAGGGAAUGGAGCCAGGAAUAAUGAACCCACAAUUAUUAAUAACCAGAGCAGGGAUUCUAGUGCUCUGAAUCUCAGUUCCAACGAUUCUGCCAUGGACAUGCACGCAGAUAGUCCUGCUCAUGAAUUCAUUUACUGAUAUUUUGCCCAUUUCACUUGUCCCUUGCCAUGGAGUUCAACUGUUCAAGACUAGGGAAGAAUUAUGGUGAUAUGAAGCUCUUUUGUUCGUUUCCCAUAAGAAAUGAAAGCACUGGAUGGAAAUGAUACCGUGACCUCUUAAUUUACUUCUCUUGCUGUCGUUGAAGAUUGAUUUGGGUCUUCUGUAUCUUCUGUAAAGCGUUAUUGUUGAAUAUAUCUUUAACAAUUAAACUGGCACCUAUGGUUUUACUUACCAAAAAGAGGCACCAAUGUUUUUGGUUUUUAGUUGU